UAGAAACAGAGGGUUACCCAAUUAUCAUCAUCUUCAUCGUCUACUCUAAACCAUUUCUGUAACACUCUUUGUUACAGACUUGAAUGUUUUAAGUUAUGGCCGAUCAUAUAGUUCUUUCUCUCCAAGCUCCUCGCUUUCUGAUAUUCCCUUGUUCUCUUCACCGUUCAUGGAGAUUUCCCGGAUAUUCCGUUCCCGAGUUCCGAUUCUCCUCUCAACUACAGUUGGCUAAUUCCAUUUCACCUUCAAAGUCUCCAGCUUCCUCUUCUUCUCCAUGUCCUCCGGAGAAUUCUGCUCCAGAGAAGUUCGAUCUCGUGUCCAGCACUCAGCUUAAGGAUGGAAGUCAUGUCUUCCGGUUCGGGGAUGCAAGUGAAAUUGAGAAAUAUCUCGAGGCUCAAGAAAAAGCGAGAUGCGUUGAGUUAGAAAAGCAAAAUGCUAAGAUUGCAGAAGAAGCAAGUGAACUUUCAAGGAAACAAGGGGUACAAGAUCUUGAUCGUGUUUCUGAAUCGAAGGGAAAAUCUGAUGGGAAGAAGAAAUUGGUCACUUCUAAUAUUGAAAUAAGUUCUGAGAAAGAGGAAACAGCUCCUUCCAAUCUUAGUAAUGUCAUCAAAAUUAAAAGGGUUCGUUCUCCUACUAAGAAGAAGAAAGAAACUGUGAAUGUAUCACAGAGUGAAGAUAAAGUUGAUGCCAAGAUUGCUAGUGUUUCCAAUCUGAGCUCCAUAGUUAGUGUAGCAGAAGCUAUUCCAACUAGCUCUACUGAAGAAGAAGAAGAAGUUGUUGUUUCUGAGCCAAUCAAUGAGAAGGAAAUCACGGCCAAGUCAUAUAAUGCAGAGCCUCUUUCUUCUCAAGUCAUGGAGAAUGUUUCUGUCAAUAAAAUAGGAGACCGUGAGACAAAUGGUUAUCAACGAAUCACUGAGAAUCGUAUGGAGGUUCAAGCAAUACCGUCAUCAUCUUCCGCACAACAGGAAGUUGUGCCUGUAUCCACCAUUGAAAUUGAUGACAAUUUGAAUGUGAGGGAAAAGCCUGUGAAAACUAUUGAAGCUGAGGAGAAUCUUGUCGCGAAACUAACAGCUACAGCGGCUGUGUCUCCUGAUGAACUCGUUUCAACUUCAGAAGCAACAGAUCGCAGCGUUGAUGAGAUCGCUCAAAAACCUGUAAUUGAUACGUCUGAGGAAAACCUUAAGAAAACUUUUGAAGCUGAGAAGAAUCUUGUAGUUGAACCAACAGCUACAGCGGCUGUGUCUUCUGAUGAACUCAUUUCAACUUCAGAAGCAAUACAUCACAGCGUUGAUGAGAUCGCUCAAAAGCCUGUUAUUGAUACGUCUGAGGAAAACCCUAUGAAAACUCCUGUUGAACCAGAAGCAACGCAUUGCAGCAUUGACGAGAUCACUGAAAAGCCUGUAGUUGAUACGUCUGAUGUGGAAAAUGAUGGAGAAAAUGUGGCUUCAACCAUAGAAGAUGAAAUAACUGUGAGGGAUGAUAAUGGUAGCAUAUCUAAAACUGCCGAUGACACAAAAGGGGAAGAUCUCCAACUUCCUGUACCUGAAACGGCCAGUCUUGAACCCAUUGAAGUGGCUUCUGACAGGGAAGAACUUGUGUCCAAAGCAUUUUACUUGGACUCUGGUUUUGCUUCACUCCACAACCCAUUUAAGGCAUUGGCAGGUCGUGAAGAUGCUUAUUUUAUCUCUCACCACAACUGGAUAGGUAUUGCGGAUGGAGUCUCUGAGUGGUCAUUUGAAGGAAUCAAUAAGGGAAUGUAUGCUCAAGAACUCAUGAGCAACUGUGAAAAGAUUAUUUCCGAUGAAGCUGAUAAGAUAAGUGACCCAGUUCAAGUUCUCCAUAGAAGUGUCAAUGAGACUAAGUCCUCUGGAUCAUCAACAGCCUUAAUUGCUCAUCUUGACAAUAAUGAACUCCACAUCGCCAAUAUCGGAGAUUCAGGAUUCAUGGUUAUUAGGGAGGGCACAGUAUUUCAGAAAUCGUCUCCAAUGUUCCAUCAUUUUUGUUUUCCCUUACAUAUUAGGCAAGGCGAUGAUGUCCUAAAACAUGCAGAGGUUUACCAUGUGAUUCUGGAGGAGGGCGAUGUUGUCAUCGCAGCAACUGAUGGACUCUUUGACAAUUUGUAUGAGAAAGAAAUAGUUUCAAUAGUUUGCAGGUCACUGGAACAGAGUUUGGAACCUCAGAAUAUAGCAGAGUUGGUAGCUGAAAAGGCACAAGAAGUGGGACGAUCUGAGACAGAGAGAACGCCAUUUGCAGACGCAGCUAAAGAAGAAGGAUAUGAUGGACACAAAGGUGGUAAACUUGAUGCUGUUACUGUCAUCGUUUCACUCGUCAAAGCUGUCUAUACAUAAAUAUGCAUCUUCCUCUGCCACUGUUAAAUGUAAAUAAUGGAGAGAGAGAGAGACACACACAUUCACAACAUCAUUCUAGUUUUUUCCAAUUUUAUUGAAACUAUGUACACUGGACUGGAGUAAAACUGUCAUUCCUCCUGAGCUA